GAAACUCAACACUGUUUUCUUUAUUAUUAGCUUCUUUCUUCACCUUUCUCUCUCAAUAGUUAUUGCAGAGAAUUUUAUCCUCUUUCAUCUUGUUUUCUUAGCAACGGCGCGUCUCUCCCGUCCUAUUUGAUCAUUGGCAACACGCAACCUUACAACCUCCCCAUUACUAUGCCGGAUAUCUCUCGAUGAUAUUUCUCUCUGGAUAGCAGAUCAUCGCGUAAUCAUAGAAAUAAUGUCAAACCCAGGAACACCACUUACUCCUACCUUUUCCCAUGGGGAUAAUGCGACGCGACAUGGGUCCACGCAACCCUCCUCGCCGAUGACAGACGCAACUGAUCGAGACGUGAAUAUGUUAACUGAUACCAGUAAUGAUGCGGUAUCAAAUGGAAAGCAGGAACAAGGGGACUCUAUGGAAAGUGAGGAGGACAUGGACGUUAAGGCGAAAGCUCUUAUGCACCUGCUGAAUACUAGUGAAGUCUUUGUUGCAAUCAUGGCCGAGAAGAUGAAGAAACAGCAAGAAGAUGCGAAACUCGAAGCGCAAAAGCACCAGCAGAAACAGCAGCAACAAGAUGAUGCGGGUGGAAAAGAGAAUAAUGAUUCCGCGCAACCAGCUGCGAAGCGGGAGACUCGAGCAAGUACCAAGCAGGAUGGGACAAAAGAGCCAGCUGCUGAGGGUGAGAAGAAGGAUGAGUCAACAAGGUCAAAGAGAGGAAGGGGCAAAAAGGCAGCGCCAUCCGAUAAGGGCAAUACUAUAUCCAGCUAUUUCAAGAAGGCCGAUGUGAAGGUUGACGAGACGAACCCCACUGUUCAGGAAGCACUGGAGCAUGCGGCAGAUCAAUUUGAAGCCAAACCCACUGCUCUUGGUGAGCAGGAGCUUGUUGCAACCCAGCAGCCCGCCCCAGUGACAGGCGGGAAAAUGAGGAAGUAUCAGUUGGAGGGGCUAGAGUGGCUUAAGUCCCUGUGGAUGAAUGGUUUGUGUGGAAUAUUGGCGGACGAAAUGGGCCUUGGGAAGACCGUGCAGGCGAUAUCCCUAAUUGCAUUCUUCAAGGAGAAAAAUAUAUCUGGGCCGUUUUUGAUAUCUGCCCCGUUGAGUACCGUAAGUAACUGGGUGGAUGAGUUUGGGAAGUGGACCCCCGGGAUCAAGACAGUGCUCUAUCAUGGCACCAAGGACGAAAGAGCAGCUCUCAGAAGCAAGUUCAUGAGCCUCAAGGAUCAAAAGAAGAUGGACUUUCCUGUUGUCUGCACCUCUUACGAGAUAUGCAUGAAUGACCGAAAAUUCCUUGCCCAGUACCAGUGGCGAUAUAUCAUUGUCGAUGAAGGACAUCGUCUAAAGAACAUGAAUUGUCGACUAAUCAAAGAACUGCUCUCAUACAACUCUGCAAAUCGAUUGCUUAUUACGGGUACCCCUCUGCAGAAUAAUAUGACUGAGCUGUGGUCGCUUUUGCAUUUUCUCUUACCUGAGAUAUUCAACGACCUCAAUAGCUUCCAGAAUUGGUUUGAUUUCUCGUCAAUGUUGGACAACAGCGGUCAGACGGAUGUCAUUGAACGUCGAAAACGCAAUCUAGUUUCCACGAUGCACUCAAUUCUGAAGCCGUUCCUCCUCAGACGUGUCAAGACUGAUGUUGAAACCUCCCUCCCAAAGAAACGGGAGUACAUUCUUUACGCGCCAUUGACGGCUGAACAAAAAGACCUCUAUCGGGAAAUUCUCAACGGUACUGGACGCCAGUAUCUCGAGGAGAAAGCAACAGAACGGCUAUUGGCCAAGAACGAGAAAAUCCUGCGGUCAGGAAGUCGGAAACGCAGUGCAGAGAGCUCUGGUGUUUCGACCCCAAAUAAGAGCUUGAAAUCCAGUCGCGCUUCUACUCCUGCUAGCGUAGUGGGUUCUGCUCGUCGGCGCAGAGGACCCCAGAGCUAUAAGGAACUUAGCGAUCGUGAAUUCAACACGAAGCUACGCAGGCUUGAGAGAGGAAUUGAAGAUGACCUGGACAUUGAAAGCAUUGAUGAGACGGAGCAGGAAGAAAUAGAAAGAGCGAACACUAUCAGACUUGCCAAGAGAGAAAUAGCUCAGAAGAAAAUGCAAAACCCUGUGAUGCAAGCGCGGCUGGCGUGCAACUCGCCACACAACUUCUACUGGCCAUGGGCCGACGACCCAUCGGCAAUCGACGAAACCCUAGUCAGUGCCUCCGGAAAGAUGCUCCUCCUGGACCGUCUAGUCCCCCGUCUCCUAGACAGGGGACACAAAAUCCUCAUCUUCUCCCAAUUCAAGACCCAACUAGACAUUCUCCAAGACUGGGCCACGCAGCUCCGCUCCUGGAACUGCUGCCGAAUCGACGGCGCAAUCGGCCAAGCAGAUCGCCAAGCCCAGAUCAAGGCCUUCAACACUGAUAAGAGCUACAAGAUUUUCCUCCUCAGCACACGUGCAGGCGGACAAGGCAUCAACCUCGUCGCCGCGGACACGGUCAUUCUAUUCGACUCCGACUGGAACCCCCAGCAGGACCUGCAGGCCCAGGACCGCGCCCACCGAAUCGGCCAAACAAAGCCCGUCAUCGUGUAUCGACUCGCCACAAAGGGCACAGUCGAGCAAACCCUCCUCGAGAAGGCCGACUCCAAGCGUCGUCUGGAACGGCUCGUCAUUCAAAAGGGCAAGUUCAAGAGUCUCCUGGACUCUAGUUCCGCAGUUCACCAGAACGACGUGGAUGAACUCCGAAAGGCUCUUGGGGAGGACGAGUUUGAGCGCUUCGAAACGGGCGCGGAUGCGGACCCCUCUUCGAUUCUGUCCGAGGGGGAUUUGCGCAUUCUCACGGACCGUAGUGAGGAUGCGUAUCUCCGGGCUGAAAGGGGGUUGGAGCAGGAUGGCAGGGCGUUCAAGGCAGUUGAGACGAAGAAAGACGCGGAUGGUCUGAUGGCUCAAAUUACAGCUAAAUAAUUUUGCCUGUGGUCCUUUCCUUUU